AUGGCAGACCCUAUUUCGAUCAUUGGGACAGCAGGCGCACUGGCGAAUAUUGUCCAACCCGCGACCGAAACGAUCACGGCGAUUCGCGACCUACGAAGUGAUUGGAAAAAUGCGGAUCUUACAUUCCUGAGUAUUACGGGUCAACUAUCCGCCUUGCGUCUCGCGUUGACAAAGAUCGAAGAAUGGAUGGCCCUCGACCCUGCCGCACAUCACCAGCUGGUCAUGGAUUUGGACGAUUCGAUCAGAUGCUGCAACAUCCUUCUCACAAAGUUGCAAGAGCUCGUGGGUAGCCUUGAAAGGAAGCAAAGCAACAACGCUCUCCACUUUCAGAGCAGGAUUAGGCUGGUCUUCGGCAAGAGAGAUAUCGGGGACAUUCAGAACUUAUUGGAACACCAUACAAACGCCCUCAAUUUGUUACUGACCGCGUGUAAUUGGUCUGUAACCCUCCAAGACUUGACCCUGAAAAGGGCAAUGUGUGAGCUAAUCUUGGGACUUCCUAAGCAAAACUGGGGCGAACAGCAUGCGUUCCUUACGCGAUCGAGUAGCCGCAGUGUUUUCCGCCAGACGAAGCUUGACACGGCUUCAUUGAGGGCUCAAUAUGACGGGGGUCCCAUCACAACCCGGUUAACGGAUACCCUCUCAAGGCUUUCACUGACAUUCUCCUUCGACCGCGAAGUCUUUGCUUCCAACGUAUACGAGCGAUUCUUUCGACAGCUGACAAAGAGCGCCUAUAACCAGUCCGAAAACUACACGCCGCCUGCUAAGCAAGAAAUAUCGGUGGGGGAUGAAUGGCUGUCACUCCACUAG